AUGAAGUCGGUAUUGGAUGAAUUGGAUGAAUCGCCUCAAGUCGCGUCCCAAGAAGAAGUUUCACAGUUCAGAAACAGCCCCAAACAGAACAUCUGUGUGCAGAUGCUCCUAGAAGGUCACCACAGGUCGUUCUCUGAGCUCUUCUCUCUGCUGCGGUCGGACCACGAUCGCAGGGCGGCUGAACCGGGCACUGCGCUCCAGAUUAAGGUUCCGCUGGAGGAACAGCCAGAGAAGCUGGAGACGAUGAGGCAGCACCUGAGCCGGAUCGAGCAGGCGGAAAGCACCGGUUCCUGGUCCGUGGUGUGUGAGCAGCGUCUGUUCUUGAGUCGAUAUUUCUCGGCUCCUGAGGAUCAUUGGCUGAGUUUGCACUUCAACAAAAGCUGUGCAGAGACUGGGUGCUCAAGAUCAGCCACUGAGGCCCGGGCCUGCAUGGCUGAGCUCUACCUGGAGCAAGGAGAGCUGGAGGAGGCGAAGCAGCAGGCGGAGCUGUGCAUCAGACAGGCUGAGGUCGGAGGCUGGCUGGACUCGAGCGGCCGGCCCCUGAGGCUCCGGGCCUACGAGACCCUGUGGAGGAUCUACGACGCGUUAGCUGCUGCUCCGCUGAACGCUGCAAACUACACCGAAGCCCUGGAGCUGCUCAACAAGGGCUACAGCAUGGCCAUUGAGUGUAGGUGUGAGUGUGAACGUUUGGAAUUUCCUGUGUCUGUUUCAGCUGGAGACAAACACUUUGAGGGGGAGGCGGCCUAUCGACUGGGACUGGCCUAUCAGCUCACAGGAGACCACAACACAGCCAAAAAGUUCCUCAACACCUGCAUGCAGAUUUGUGGCACGAUGCAGGACGCUGACGGACUGGGAAAGGCCUACAAGGCUAUGGCCAAGUCUAUGGAGAGUGAGGGUAACACAGACGAGACAGUCCAUUGUCUGGAGAAGUUGGUUGACAUCACUCGUACCAGUGGACAGCAGGGCGACCUGGCGGACGCCUGCCUGUGUCUGGGCAACAUCUACUACAACAAGCAUCAGCACAGCAGAGCCUGUGAGUUCUUCCUCCAGGGUUUCGAAGUUGCCUGUGGCAUCAGAAACGUGGAUCUGCUGCAGAAAGCACAGGUGUUGCUGGGCUGUGCUCGUGCUGACGUGGAGUCGACCUCGCCCGCAGCUGCUGGCCUGGCAAGAGAUGAGAGGAAGUCAGGAGCUUGUUAACGAUGCCGG